AUGUCCAUGGAUGGCCAUGUCAUAUUAGGAGCAAUUUUCUCUUUUCAUAGCAGCUGGGAAAACACACAAGCAAAUUACUCUCAAAGACCUCUGACUCUACGGUGCACACGGCUGAACCUAAGAGGAUUCCAAUAUGCCCAGGCAAUGCGGUUUGCAAUAGCAGAAAUGAAUAACAGUUCAGUCAUUCUGCCAGGCGUGUCCCUGGGCUACAAGAUGUAUGAUGCUUGUGGGUCUAUUAUUAGAGCAGUGAAAGGGGCUUUUGCUCUGGCAAAUGAUGAUGAGGAAUUAAUUAUGUCUUCUGAAACACCAUGCACCAGAUCAGCCAAAGUCCAGGCCAUUUUAGGAGAGACUUCCUCCUCACUGUGCAUGGGAAUAGCUACUGUCCUCGGACCCUUUCAUUUGCCACUGAUCAGCCAUUUUGCCACUUGUGCGUGUCUGAGUGACAAAGUAAAAUAUCCCUCCUUCUUCAGGACUGUACCCAGUGACCUGUAUCAGAGCAGAGCGCUGGCCCAGCUAGUCAGGCACUUUGGUUGGACAUGGGUGGGAGCCAUCAGAACAAAUGAUGAUUAUGGCAAUAAUGGCAUGGUCACUUUUACUGAAACUGCCCAACAGCUGGGCAUUUGUCUGGAAUACUCUGUGUCCUUCUUCAGAACUGACCCAUGGGAGAAAAUACAAUAUAUUGUUAACACAAUUAAACAGUCUACUUCUAAAGUAAUAGUUACGUUUCUUGCUCCUACUGAGAUUAGGUUGCUCAUAAAUACCUUAACUGAACAAAAUGUGACUGGUUAUCAGUGGGUGGGCACAGAGGCCUGGAUCACUGAUUUUAAAACUAUGACUAUAGACAAGCACCACAUUCUAGAUGGGGCCAUAGGGUUGUCCAUCCCAAAAAUGCAUGUCAGUGGCAUGAAGGAGUUCAUGAUGGAUGUGAGACCACUCAACAUGUCUGGUAAUCAGUUAUUUACUGAGUUCUGGGAAGAACUGUUCAACUGUAAAUUUCAUGCAGAGAGCUAUCACAAAAGAUGUACAGGAACUGAAGACCUGAGUCAAGUGGACAACAGCUUCACUGACAUGUCUCUGAUGCCAAUCUUUAACAAUGUUUAUAAGGGAGUGUAUGCAGUGGCCCAUGCACUGCAUAAAAUCCUCAAAUGUAACAAAACUUGUCAAACAGAUGUGACCUUGGAUCCUCACAUGACUUUGCAACAUUUGAAAAACAUUCAUUUCCAAACAAAAGAAGGAGAAGAGGUGUAUUUCAAUGAGAAAGGUGAUCCUGUUGCCAAAUAUGAAAUCAUAAACUGGCAACCCACUGCACAGGGCACAGUGGACUUUGUCACAGUGGGCCUUUAUGAUGCUUCUCUUCCUACUCACAGACAACUGAAGCUACAAAAUGUGUCUUUAAAUUGGGCCCAGAAUUCUAAGCAGGUGCCAGUAUCAGUUUGCAGCAAAGCGUGUUCUCCUGGAACACGUAAGGUGCUCCAGAAAGGAAAGCCAGUGUGCUGUUACGACUGUGUGCCUUGUGCAGAAGGAGAAAUAAGCAACAGCACAGAGUCCAUCACUUGUGUCCAAUGUCCUUCAGAUUUUUGGUCCAAUGCCCAAAGAGACACGUGUGUGAAGAAGGAAACCGAGUUUUUAUCUUAUGAAGAAAUCAUGGGAGCCCUGCUCACGGCAGCCUCUUUAUUUGGGACGUGCAUGACUUGUGCUGUGGCCUGGGUUUUCUACAAAUACAGGAAAACUCCAAUAGUGAGAGCCAAUAACUCUGAUCUGAGCUUCCUGCUGCUCUUCUCCCUGAGUCUGUGUUUCCUGUGCUCUCUCACCUUCAUCGGUCGUCCCUCUGAGUGGUCCUGCAUGCUGCGCCACACUGCAUUCGGCAUCACUUUUGUCCUCUCUAUCUCUUGUGUUCUGGGGAAGACUAUAGUGGUGCUCAUGGCCUUCAGAGCCACACUUCCAGGCAGUAAUGUCAUGAAAUGGUUUGGGCCUCUUCAGCAGAGGCUCAGUGUUGUAGGUUUUACUCUGAUCCAGGUGUUGAUCUGUGUCCUCUGGUUAACAAUAUCACCUCCAUUUCCAUUCAGAAAUGUGAAACAAUUUACUCACAAAAUUAUUUUGGAGUGUGCCAUGGGUUCAGAUAUUGGUUUCUGGGCAGUUCUUGGAUAUAUAGGUCUGUUAGCUUUGUUGUGUUUUGUGUUGGCGUUUUUGGCUCGUAAACUUCCUGAUAAUUUUAAUGAGGCCAAGUUCAUCACCUUCAGCAUGUUGAUCUUCUGUGCAGUCUGGAUCACUUUUAUCCCAGCUUAUGUCAGCUCUCCAGGAAAGUUUAGUGUGGCAGUGGAGAUCUUUGCAAUCCUGGCCUCUAGUUUUGGUCUACUGUUUUGUAUUUUUCUUCCCAAGUGUUACAUAGUUUUAUUAAAACCUGAGAGGAACAACAAAAAGAAUGUAAUGGGUAAAGGUAAAACAAACUGUAGGACAAACAAUUAA